UUUGAAUUGGUCAUACGCCAUAAGUUGAACUCCGUUCUAAUUUGCUCUUAACAUUGAACAAAACAGUUUUUUACAAUGUUAAUAGUCCUAACAUUAUUGUGCUUUACUUUUUGUUGCUCCUGUUCCAUGGAACAUACUAUAGAAUAUUAUGAAAGCUUAAUAGAAGCAAAUCAGAAAAGUAGUGAUAAAUAUGAACUACCUAAGGAUGCUAGGAUGUAUGAACCACUUGAACCCGAUGCUCGUUCUUUGGACUUCGGAACAUACGACUUUGUAAUAGUUGGAGCGGGUUCAACUGGGACCGUCAUUGCCAAUCGACUUUCCGAAAUCGGCGAAUGGAAAAUUUUGUUGCUGGAAGCUGGAACUUUUGGUAAUGACUUCACGCAGAUCCCAUCCAUGGGCCUUUAUGCGGCAUUGAGUAACUACGGUUGGGUUUUUCGAAGCACCCCACAGAAAACAGCCUGUUUAGGAACCAUCAACCAGACAUGUCCAUACCCCAGAGGAAAAGGAGUGGGGGGCUCGUCACUAAUAAACGGUUUGGUCUACGCAAGAGGACAUCCCAUGGACUUCGACAGAUGGGCAGAAAUGGGAAACCCGGGAUGGUCUUAUGAAGAAGUUUUGCCUUACUUCAAAAAAUCAGAAGACUUUCAUUGGACGAAUCCAGAAGCUCCUGUCAAUAUGGCUUUUCAUGGAAAAGGUGGCUUUUUAUCCGUAGAGUACAAUCUACCGGAAAGCCCACAUUUAAAGGCAUUUCUUAACGCUAAUCAAGAGCUUGGAUACCAUUUAACAGAUUAUAAUACACCAGAGCAAAUUGGAGUAUCUCAAAAUCAACACAAUACUAGAAACGGUAGAAGAGCUGAUGGUGGCUCCUCCUUCAUCUUACCUAUUUUAAAAAGAAAAAAUUUAAAAAUAAUGACCGACAGUUACGUCACGAAAAUAAUAAUUAAUGACACCACUCACAUGGCAGAGGGUGUUCUCUUUUCACAUCAAAGGAAAAUGUACAAAGUCCAGGCAAGAUACGAGGUAAUAAUAUCAGCUGGUGCUAUUUUAUCACCUCAUUUGCUGAUGUUGUCAGGAAUCGGACCAGAAGACCACUUAAACGCACUUGGUAUUCCUGUUAUACAACAUCUGGAAGUAGGUACUACUUUGCGCGAUCACAGUCUGUUCCACGGAUUAAAAUUUGCUAGUAACGUUUCAAUACCUAGCAGGUCAUUAUCAGAAUACGUUGAGGACUAUCUAAGAGGUGUAGGGCCUCUUACAAUCAUGGGCCCCAACGAAGGCGUAGGCUUCUAUCGAUCCAAAUUCGAAGACAUACCAAAUUAUCCAGACAUAGAAAUUGCCAUACUUUCUCCAAAUGCUACUUCCAAAAUCCUCGACAGAAUUUUUCUGUGGAACCAAGACAUAUAUGAAUCUAUGUGGGGUGGAACAGAUAUAACCAGUAGUUUUACUGUUUAUGUAAUAAACCUUCGUCAGCAAUCGGUUGGUACGGUCAGACUAGAAAGUAAAUCUCCCUACGACUAUCCGGUUAUAGAUUCAAAUUUCUUGUCCGAUCGAGAUAAUAGAGACAUCCAAGUUCUAUAUGAAGGCAUAAAGUUGGUUCUUAAUUUAACGAGUACCAAGGCCUUUCAAAAAAUCGGUACAAAACUCCAAACAAAACCGCUCCCUGCUUGUAAGAACUUUGCACCGUUUUCUGAAGAGUACUGGCAUUGUUCCCUGAGGCAGUUAACUUUCAACAUAUAUCACCCAGUCGGUACUUGCCCUAUGGGUCCAAAUAUGGAGAAAGGUGAUGUGGUAGACAGCAACCUCAAGGUGCAUGGAAUGAGAAAGCUACGAGUCGCUGAUGCUAGCGUUUUUCCUUUUACUCUGUCUGGACAUCCGAAUGCCCCUUGUGUCAUGAUUGGGGAAAAGGUUUCUGAUCUUAUUAAAUUGGAACAUGGUAAACUGUAGAUGUAAACCUUUGUAUCAACAUUACAGUAUAUUGAGAAUA